GUCUUUUCCGCCGUGGGGAUCGUGUCAGUUGUUUAUGAAAGAUUCUACUGGAACUGUAUUCAGGAGGGCUUGAGCAAAUACAGGGAAUAAUGAAGCAAUUGCCUCCAGAUACUGUGCGGCUGCUGUCCAGCUCUCAGGUCAUCACGUCAGUAGUGAACGUUUUGAAAGAACUGAUGGAAAAUUCCCUGGAUGCUGGCGCUUCAAGCAUUGACGUUAAACUGGAGAACUAUGGUUUGGACCGGAUAGAAGUACGUGACAACGGCCACGGAAUCAAAGCUGCAGAUACUCCUGUGAUGGCCGUUAGACAUUUUACGUCAAAGAUCUGUAGCCAUGAGGACCUGCAGCGUCUGGAAACAUAUGGCUUCAGAGGAGAAGCUCUGGGCUCCAUCUGUGCUUUGGCUGAGGUGGCCAUUACCACAAAGUCAGUGGAGGAUGACAUCAGUACCCAGUACAUGCUUAACUUCACAGGGGAGAUAGUUUCUCAGAAACCGUCCCACUUAGGUCAAGGUACAACAGUGAGUGUAUUGAAGCUUUUCAAGAAUCUUCCAGUGAGAAGGCAGUACUAUUCCUCUACCAAGAAGUGCAAGGAAGAACUAAAGAAAGUACAAGACCUGCUGAUGGCAUAUGCCAUUAUAAAACCUGACCUGAGGCUCAUGCUCGUUCACAACAAGGUGGUGGUUUGGCAGAAGGCCAAGGUGACCGAUCACAGAAGUGCCCUCCUUGCCACGCUGGGGCCCAGUGCUGUUGCCAAUCUGCUCCCUUGCCACCAUCGCCAAGAGCAACCAGAGAUCUUUUUAGAUGGCUUUUUUCCAAAGCCUGGAGCAGAUCACGCCUCUUCAAGCUCAUCCAGCCCUGACAAAACUUUUAUAUUUGUCAACAACCGGCCUGUCCACCAUAAAGACAUAAUGAAGUUGUUGCGUCAACACUACACUGCUCAGUAUCCGGACGAUGCAGCCCGAAAUCGUUAUCCCAUCCUCAUGCUUAAAGUUGCUGUUUCACCCUCUUCGGUCGAUGUUAAUCUGACACCGGACAAGACCCAGGUUCUUCUUCAUGACAAGGAGUCUGUGCUCAUGGCAGUGGAGGCAUUGCUGGUUUCUCUCUAUGGCUAUCAACCUGCUAAUGACCCCACAACAACUGAGAAGCAGCUCGACCGUGAGAUAUCUCCUUCGCCAUCCAGUCCUUUGCAGACUCAUUCUUCACUACUUGUCACUCACCAAAGUGUAGAGGCGGAUGACAGUGUCAACAACCACAAUGGCAACUUCCUUAAAGAAGCACAGAAACAGAGCAACACAGCUCUGUCAACAGCAAAUAGCACUGGUGCUUCACUGGAUAGCCAGAUCUCAAACAGUAGCUCUUCAUCUUCUAUAGCAGAGGACUGGAUUGUCAACCAGAUCCCAGCCGGACUUGAGUCUAACGUUUCUCUAUAUAAUGAUGAAAUGGCUCAGAGCUGCACUCAGACAACAGAAACAGAUUCAGCAAGCAAAUCCCCAGAGAAGCUUAAGGACAAUGUGGUGUCAGCAGCAGACACAAGCAAAGACCGUUUAUUAGCCGAGGACUGGAGCCGGGGGACAGCUCUGACUGACCCCUUAUCAGGAGAAGCCCUGCAGCCCAUCAGAAUCCAUCAACCCUCAAAGCAUAAUCAUUCUGACUCAGACGAGUGCAGGAGUCAGAGCAGCUCCGACAAAAAGCUGUUCAAUGCCAUAACAGAGAAGCGGGCUGCUCUGACGGCCUACGAUCUGAUCAGCAACCGUGCCAUGAGGGCACCGCUGUCUCCCGCUGCCCUGUUUGAGAAGGAGGCCAGGGCUGAGGUCCUCAGGGAGAAACCCACAGCCAGUCUGCAGGAUAUCAGUGUCGCUGUUCACGAGAGGUGGAAAAAUCUGAGGGGGGAAGACCGUAAGAAGUAUGAGGAGAAGGCAAAAAAACACCUGGAGCACCACGACCAAAGGACCAAGUUGGCCUCUGCUGAGGACCCGAGAGACCAAAGCGUGAGCACCCUAAGGAGCCACGUGCGCAGCCAGAAACGCAAGGCCCCACUGUCCAACCAGCAGCUGCUGGACGAGCUCUUCUCCGCGCAGCCCCAAAAGAAGACGAAGAACCCUGCACCUAAGCCCUCACAGCCCCUCCCCUGCAGCAUGACUGCCCUUCGGCUGCAGCUUCAGCGCCUCUCAGCUCAGAGCAGAGCCGCGCCACAGGGCCUCCGUCUUGUAAACCGACUGGCCUCUCAGAGCGCCUGGGUCAUUUUAUGUGGUCAAAGGCUCAUGUUGUUAAACCCAUUUCGAGUGGAGGAAGCCUUGCUGUUUAAGAGACUUCUAGAGAAUAAUAUACUUCCAGCAGAGAGUCUGCAAAACCCUAUACAGUUAACAGAUGGAAGUCUAGGAGGAGCUGAAUAUAUGGACGCUUUGUGCAGCAUGGAGAAACAAAGCCCUGAGCUGAAUGGACAGGUCCUCUUCUCUGAUCCCAGGCUUGUGGCCAAUGGAUUUAAAAUCAAACUCACUCCAGGCCUCACGUCAGCCGAGAGACAUCUGGAAGUGACAGCAAUGGCAGACUGCGUGCCUUUCCUCGGUGUGGAGGACCUCAGGGAGAUCCUGACCGCAGUUCUUCACAGGAAGGCCAGGACCGUGCAAGAGUGCCGGCCACUUAAAGUCACAAACUACCUACAAGGUGAAGCAGUGCGACUUGUCCGUCAGCUGCCUACAAAUUUAUCCCGGGAAGACGUGGAGGAAACCCUUCUACGGAUGAAACAGCAGCUCGGUGAGAACUCCCGGACCUGCAUCCACGGACGACCGUUUCUCCAACACCUAUUUGACAUCCCUUCCACAGACCAGGAAGCUAAGGCUCUGCUUAGGCCUUUAGAGCUGUAAAAAGACACCUUAAUGAAUAAUCACAGCAGUGCAAUAUGAAACAUCUGUCUCAUUUUGAUGCAGCUGAGUGUUCUCAAUGCGAGGUAGCUGAUUUGUUUCCAUUUUCCGCAACUGAUGUUCACCUUUGUUACAACCAGAAUAUAAAAAUAAACAUAUUUUUCCACGUUUUGUU